AAAAAGGCAAAAACAUACAACACAGGGGAUUCCCCAGUCGUCACCGACCUGAGUACUAAUCCUGCGGUCAGUAGCUUAUCUAGGGGAGAGCGGACGGGAUCCCGAGUUGUCUACUGCCUAUGGUCGUAUGUGGUGGCUAGCAGUCGAAGGUCAGGCUUAAGUCUGGUGUUGCUGUGCAAGCUGCUGCUUGUGAGUUGCGGAUGGCCAGCCGGUCACCGAACGGUGGAAGAAACUUCGUCCGUUGACAGACGCAAUUUAAGGAGGAGUCAGACAAUUGCAAUUACCUUUGUUGUUCAUUUGGACCAGAGACACACCAAUUACGCAGUUGCCGAGUAA